AUGGGAUAAACUUGUGCAUGUCAACAGAAAAUAGAUGAGGAUCCAUAUCCUGAAGAUUCAUAACAUUAGACCAAUUAAUAGAAGUAAACUGAUCUCCAACCUAAUGCUGAUAAGAUUGAAGUGGAAGAAUAGGAAUAAGAAAAAGAACAAUAAACUAUAGAUAUUGAUCCAAUACAACUCAAAUCAUAUGAGAUUGAGGAUAAUUGUCCUUAAGGCCUUUAACCACUUUCAUUUUAAGCAUAAUAAGAAUUCAUUGAUCAAUUUCCUGCAAUUGUUAAAAAAUAACUUUCGAAACUAUAAAAACUUGAAAUUAAAGCAUCUAUAUCUCCUAAUUAUAAAAGAAUUCCUCAUAUUGAUACACCGUAAUAAAAGUAUUAUAUUCAUUUUUAGUUAUUAAUUAUUAAAUGGAGAUGUUUAUGUAGGAUAAUGGGCUGAAGGAAAACCUUUUGGUUUAGGCAAAAUAUAUUAUAUUGAUCACCAAGUUUAUGAAGGUCAAGUUAUUGAUGGAAUUCCUGAAGGAGAAGGUAGAAAAAUAUUCAAAGAUGGUUCAUAUUACAGUGGUAUUAAACAAACUAUAAUUCAAAAGGAUAAUUUAAAAUGGGAGAAAUAACUGGAAAGGGUAAGUUUACUAGAUUAGAUGGUUUCAAAUAUGAAGGUGAUCUUUUAUGCGGUUUACCUGAUGGAAAUGGAAUUGAAACAUGGCCAGAUGAAACAACUUAUUAAGGAAUGUACAAAUUAGGUAAAAAAAAUGGGAAAGGAACUUUUACUUGGGGUAAUAGAAAGAAUAAGAAAACAGGUAAAUUAGAAACCUAUACUGGUUAAUUUAAAAAUGAUUAAUUUUAUGGAUCAGGAAGAUAUGAAUGGUCUGAUGGAAGAAUUUAUGAUGGAGAGUGGGUAGAUGGCAAAAUGGAAGGUCAAGGUGAGUUCAUAUGGCCAGGUAUUUAAUUAUUUAGAUUUAUAUUAGAUAAGAGAAAAUAUACUGGACAUUAUUUAAAAGAUUUCAAAUCUGGUUAUGGUGAAUUAGAAUGGCCAGAUGGAAAAAAAUUGGCAGGUUAAUGGAGAAUGGGUAAAUUGAAUGGAAUUGUUACUCUAACUAUUAAAAGUAAAAUUAAGGAAGGAUAAACUGAACCAGAAUCUGAUAAAACAUUUAUAUCUGAAUGGGAAGAUGGAAGAAGAAUAAGAUGGCUGGAUAAUUUAAAACAUAGUGGAAUACAUAGCAAUAUUAGUUAGCUUAGAAAUUUUGAUGAACAUUAGGUUUAAUAAAAUACUAGUUAAAUAUUACAUUCUCAAAUUAGAUAAGAUGAGUUGCUGUCAAAUAAGUAGGAUUCUAUAUUGAAUAAUUCUAAAAUUUAACAAUAAUAAACUAUAUUUUAAUAAAAUGCAUAUAUCAAGUAAUAAUAAUAAUAAUAAUAUUAAAAUCAGAUUAUUGAAAAUCAGAAUAAUUAAUCUAUAAAAUAAAAUUAAUAGGAAAUUGCCAGCAAUAAUAUUGAGGAUAAUUAAUUUGAAUAGUUUAAUGAACCUAAGAAAUAACAUUAAAAUCAAGAUAUAUUUGGUAAGGAAAGUGAUCAAUAAGGCUAAAAAGAUAAAACAGACAUAUGA